CAUAUGUUACUCACUUCGAGCUUGAACAGUGUGUGUGUGUCUGAACCAAACAACAUCAAGGAGGUGACAAACACACAUUACAGAAGAUUGGUUUCUCAAAUGGUUCAUGCCCCACCCAGACCGACGGCCGAUUCAUUAUGCAGCCAUUGAGGGUCACCUAACAGUUGUACAAUCAUUAGUAGAAGAUCACAAUGAGGACAUCAUGUGUGUUGACAGUAAAGGCCACACUCCAUUGUACCUAGCUACACUUAAUGACUGGUUCGAGGUUGUCAAAUAUCUUCUUGAGGCAGGAGCAGACGUGAAUAAUGGUGGCCGGAUGCCACCACUUAUUUUAGCUGUUGUGCACUACAAGCCUGAACUUUGUAAAUUUUUCUUGAGUUAUGGUGCAGACGUCAACUUGAGGGAUAAUUUUGGACGCUCACCGCUUGGGACGGCUGCACGGACAGGAAGUGUAAACAUAGCAUGUGAGCUGAUACAGGCAGGGGCUGACGUUAAUCUCUCAAGUCGAGGAGGAACACCGUUUCUAUCUGCAAGCCGUUUUGGUAAGGUGUCAAUGAUGAGACUCCUGUCCUCUCAAGGUGCUGAUGUUGAAGCGUGUGAUCAAGACGGAGACACUGCCUUACAUCUGGCUGUGGGCGAAGGGUAUUAUAGAGUUGUCAGAUAUUUAACUGUUGAACUGUGCGUCACGCUAAAUGCUGUCAAUAAUAAUGGAGAGACUGCUUUCUUCAUUGCGCUGAAAAAGACGGACAUUGCUGUUAUGCAGCUGCUUAUAAAGGUUGGGUACUGGCCAGUGACUGAGAUGCAUAGGUUAGAAAUAAACAGUGCAUCUGAGGAAUUCAAACUUCUGUCAGACAUUAUGUCUGCACCUUAUUCACUUCAAGAAUUAGCCUGUUUUAAACUUCGAAGAACAAUGGGAUCAAGAGUAACGACUUCAGUGAAUCUUCUUCCAGUACCCCAGCCUGUGAAGGAAUUCAUUUUGCUCCGCCACUUACCAUUUUCUAGACCUUGAAGGGGUAUUCAUAUAUAGAUUGGACAAAUGCAUUGGUCCAGAGUUAAAGGCGUAAAUUUUUAUAUGUACCAUAAGUUUUUUUAACAGAUGUUUUCAUACUCUUGGAUAAUAUUAAUAGAGAGUGCAAAGGCCCUCUUACUCACCUGGUACAUGCAAAACGAGCUGAGGCCCAAGGUGAGCUCAUGCCAUACCGUGGCAUCCGUCGUCGGUACAACAAUUUUUUCAAACGACGUCUUCUUCUGGACCACUAAUUGGAAAUUAACGAAAUUUGACUGGAAGCAUCAGUAGGUGGUGGGGAUUAAAAAUUCUACAAAUGGUAGCGCUGACCCCCAGGGGACUGAGGGCCGGAGCCAAGUAGGGGUAAUUUGGCUAUAUUGCUUUAAAUGACCUCUUUCUGGAACUAAGAAAUAGAUACCAACCAUAUUUGGUUGGAAGCAUUCUCCGGUGAUUAGGAUUCAAAAUUGUACAAAUGGAGGGUCUGAACCCCCAAGGGGCUGAUGGGCGGGGCAAAAUAGGGGUAAUUUGGCCUUAUUGGUUUAUUGCUGUCUGGCUCUCCCAAAGGUGUUAGAACCUUGACCAUAACAUGCAAACCGAUAUUAUCCCCAACCUAUAAUAAACAGAUACAUUGUAUACAUUUGUUGUUUAUGAAGUGAAUAAUACAUUUAUGCCAAUAGGAUUCGCCCUGGGAUGCAGCCUUGCCUCUGGAAACCUAGAUCCUGGAUCAUAACAUGGAAACGGUUCAGAUCUUUAUGUUACAUUUGUAUCUGGAGAAGUACACGUUCAUGCUGUCAGAUUUGCCAUCCACACCUUUUAAAUGCUGACAGUGUCAAAAUUACGCAAUAUUUGCAGUAUUAUAUACAUGUACAAUGCAAAUGCAUAUUUUGCAGUGUUCGAAAUACCUGCCUGCCCGACCGUCCGAGACGGGUUGAUUUCAACUCGGGCUGCCAGAUUUUCAA